AUAAUUGUCUUACAAAAAGAAAGAACAAAGCUCAAAUUAAAAAAAAAAAAUCAUAUUUUAGUUUGUAGUUUCUUUAAUGGCGCGGUUUGAGCCAUAUAACUAUAGCAUUGGUCUUCACCCGUUGUUAGCACAAAUUAACAAAAAUCCAGAGCUAACAAAUUUGGACUCACCAGUUUCUACUCCUUCCAGUUUCAUGCUUUUCUCCAAUGGAGCUUUAGUUGAUGCACACCACAAUGAUUCUCACUUCUCCCCAAAUUUACUGGCGCCCGGCGGUUUAGGAAGAAAAGGAAAAAAAGAAGAGAGUGGGUCAAAGAGAAGAAGAAAGAGGUCGGAGGAGGAAGAAUUCAUGAAUGAAGAUGAUAUUCAGAAGCCAAGAGAUGUAGUUCAUGUCCGGGCUAAGAGGGGUCAAGCUACUGAUAGUCACAGUUUGGCUGAAAGGGUACGAAGAGAGAAGAUAAAUGAAAAGCUGAAAUGCUUACAAGACCUUGUUCCCGGCUGUUACAAGACAAUGGGAAUGGCAGUGAUGCUUGAAGUCAUCAUAGAUUAUGUUCGAUCACUGCAGAAUCAAAUCGAGUUUUUGUCCAUGAAACUCUCAGUGGCCAGUGCGUACUACGACCUUAAUUCUUUGGAUAUUGAGCCAACGGAUAUGUAUCAGGGAGGGAAUAUGUAUGGUGCAGAAGAGAUGGAAAAGAUUUUAAGAGAAAGUGUUGGAACACAGCCUCCUAAUUUCAGUUCAACAUUGCCCUUUGGUCCAUAA